UAAUUGCACUAUAGGUAUAAUGCAUUUCUCAGUUAAGUGUAAAUGAAAGCGCUCAUAUGAGGAACGAAAAAGUUGUGCUGCACCUUACAAACCCCACACACAACUCAAAGUAUCACCCAUGUGACUGAGGACUCGGGUUAUUUCCUGGCCACCGUGGCCAACAUUUGUCAGAGGGUGGAGUUCAAUGAGUCGAACAUACAUCACUGCAGCAAAUUAAGAAUCGCUGUCAUAGGGUUCCUCGCAAAUCUCAUCAUGUCCACGGCGUUCAGGUCUUGCUUUGUGCUCAUCGGCUUCAUAUUGGCGUACAUCACGUAUUUGCUGUUGGGAGCGCUUGUUUUCUCUGCCAUCGAGCGGCCCGUCGAAGAGACCCUGAAAUCAGACCUGAACUCACUGAAAGCCGAGUUACUCAACCUGAGCUGCAUCAACGCCACGGCUCUCGAAACUUUCUUGGAAAAAGUUUUGCAAGCGAAUAAAUACGGCGUGUCGGUCCUUGAAAAUGCCACAGUCCGUACAAACUGGGAUUUGGCGUCUUCUCUGUUCUUUGCAAACACGAUGGUCACGACAGUGGGAUACGGCCACACUACGCCGCUCUCUGAUGUGGGUAAAGCUUUCGCCAUCGUGUAUGCUUUGAUUGGAGUGCCCUUCACCAUGCUAGUGCUCACAGCCUGUGUCCAGCGCUUCAUGCAUCCUCUGACCUACGGGCCGAUCUCCAUGUGCCAGCGGAGGGCAGGCCUGCAGCAACGCACCGCCAGUGUGGUGCACUUUAUCGUACUGCUGGUCCUGGUGGUGCUCUGCUUCUUUGUGGUGCCUGCGCUGGUGUUCAGUACCAUAGAAGAAACCUGGUCUUUCUUAGACUCCUUCUACUUUUGUUUCAUCUCACUCUGCACUAUAGGACUGGGGGACUUUGUGCCAGCAGAAAAGCCAGGACAGAGACUAAGAGCUUUGUACAAGAUUUCAGUCAUGGUCUACCUGUUUGUGGGAUUGAUGAUCAUGUUCCUGGUCCUUCGUACUUUCCACAAGCUUGCAGAUGUGCACGGCUGGACUGCUUUCUUCCAGCUGCCAAGCUACGAGGAGGAAGAUGAGGAUAAAGAACCAAUAAUAGAACAAGAGCCUGAUGAUGAAUCACCUGAGGCUGAGAAGGCCUCAAUUAAGCCUCUGGAUCCCAGCUGUCAAGUGUCCUACAACUCCAUCAAUAGAUAAAACACCAGAUCUGUCCACAUUCAGACAAUACGCCUCACUGUUGGACAGAACCGCUUCUGAUGCUUUGAAGGAAUGAAGCACCUGAGCAGAACAUUUUCAUGAACCAAAUUACAUUUUUGGGGGGGGGGGGUUCUGUUUGGAGCUGCCAAAUCUGAUCUUCAAGACUAUAGGGAUGUUGACAUUGCUUUAGGAAGUGGAAAACUUGCUCAUUGUGUCCUAAGUGUGAAUCUUCUUUAGUGUUGUUUUGUGUAGGAUUCCUAACUGAUGAUGCUUUUUAGAUUAUUAAAUUACUGUUUUUUUUGUUGUUGCAUGGACCAAGACUGCUCUGGAUCAUAGAAACAGGAAGAGAAUGCUGCUGCUUGCCACCCGUUCAAUACUCUGUUAUUCAACGAGUUUGAAAUGAAUUGUUUUCAUAGCUAGUUAAUGGUGGUUCUCGAUGUCGUCAUGUGGAGAACUUCAGAUGCACUUUAUAAUUGGCUUUUUAUUUAGGUUUGUGCAACCAUUGGACAGCCAGUGAUUAUACUGGACACAAUCUCUUUUUCUUUAUUGUAGUACUGUACAUUAUUUAAAUAUUCUUUGUAUCAUUGCAAUUGUAUAUUCAAUGUUGGAUGGUAGGGAACAAAAAGGUAUCUGAUGUUCACAAUCAGAAGAACAAAAUGUGUUUUAAGAAAUGCAUGCAAAGAAAAAAAACAUUUGUUUUGGUUUUUUGUGACUCGAUGCAUUUGCAUGGGCAGGUGUGAUGAAAUAAGUCUGUGUAGCUGUGGAGUUAAAGGAAGUUUGUACUUUACACACCCUGUUUUAUCACUCUCUUUAAAUAGGUUUAAAAAAAAAAGCUGUAAUAAACGUGUCAGUAUAUAGAUAAGUUUAAAUAACCUACCACUCAAUCAAAAUAAUCCUUCUCUUCUAUAAGCGGAAUAAAGUUCCCUUUUGAACGGUCUCCCC